AUCCACUCGUCCUCCCCGACACCACACCAACAAAACACACCAUGCGCGUCCAAGCCCUGCUCGCCGUCUUUGCCUCCGCGCUCGCCGUCGCCCGCGCCGCUCCCGUGGAGACUCGCGAUCUGGUUGCGCGCAGCCCCGUUGUCGAGGCCAGGGCCGACGUAGUCGCUCGCGCGUCCGACUGGAAGCGCGAGCCUGAGCCUGAGCCCGAGCCCGCGAGCGACUGGAAGAGGGCCAGUGACUGGAAGCGGGCCAGUGACUGGAAGCGGGCGAGCGACUGGAAGCGCGAGCCCGAACCAGCUUCAGACUGGAAGAGGGAGCCCGAGCCCGCGAGCGACUGGAAACGCGCCUCGGACUGGAAACGGGCGUCGGACUGGAAGCGGGCGUCGGACUGGAAACGCGAACCGGAGCCCGCUUCCGAUUGGAAACGCGAGCCUGAGCCCGCCUCGGAUUGGAAGCGCGAACCCGAGCCUGCAUCCGACUGGAAGCGCGCCUCCGACUGGAAACGCGCCUCCGACUGGAAGAGGGCAAGCGACUGGAAACGCGAGCCCGAGCCCGAGCCCGCCAGCGACUGGAAGCGGGCUUCCGACUGGUAGUCUCCCCACCCCACCCACCAUCGCCUCUACACCCCUCUCUUUUAUUCUCGCCGGUCUGCGCUCGUUUUGUUGUGGGAUGUCGUUGUCGUUGUUGUAUGAAUCUCACGGUAGAGGAAGAAGGGAAGGGAGGGGAUAAACCGUAACGAGCUGUAUAAUGCCUGUUUAUCGUCGUCUAGUUUUAUUCGUCUAUCUAUCUAUCUACUGUCUGUCUGAUGUCUUCCCACUGUCUGCUCUAUCCGGCUAUAUGCUGAUCAAUAGAUGCGCUGGGAUGUGUGUCUGGUCGAGAAAAAAUAAAAGGGGGGAGGGACGAGUGGGGUGUACUAUGCAUAUACGGGGCCACGCAGUAAUAACGAUAGUGAAACUGCGCGAGGUAUCACGAGCACUGCGCGAUGACGAAUCUCCAGCACGAGGCUGGGCAUCGAUGGUCCGGGUGUCUGGCGCGCCCCGUGUAGACUAUGGUAGUUAUCGCGAGGUUGGGGUUGGAGGGUCGGCUGCCGUCGGAGCGGGGGAGUCUUCUGCGUCGGCGAAGGGGUAGUCGG